CUGUGUUCAGCGUUGUAGUUUUGCACGCACUAACCUCCUAUUAAUUCGUACACAUUCCGAUUAGUUUUACGGCAAGUUUACCAUGCGACGGAUAGACAUGAGCCUAUAAAUAAGAUACCUAACAAUAUCUAAAGAUUUGCGGACACUUUUUGGAAGUUGUGCUUGGGUCAUAACGAGGUCACAUUUGGUCCUGGUAUUAUUAUCAAACAACGUUUUUGCUGUUGUUAUUGUCACUGCGAGUGCACGAGAGGAUUGCACUCUAUUCUCGACGAUGGAUAAGGGAUCGAAAUCGCCAGCCAAUGGGAUUCGAUUCUUCGCGACAAACUUCAGCAGCCCGUUUGAUAGUAAACAUGGAUCGGGACUUGCUGGUAUGGACAAUUCGCCACUAAAUAAGGCCCAUAGGGAACAGCGUCGUGCUGAGGCAUGUUUAAGAGGUGGAAGGCUCGAGGAGGCUGUGGAUUGUCAUAGGCGUGCAGCGGAGUUGUUAACUGAAGCACUUACCUUAUCAGAUACACCCCUGGCGCAGCAAAGCAUAAAUCUUCAACAUAGUUUCCAUAUACGUCAGCAAGAAGUAAUAAGGUUUAGGAGCAAGCAACGGGAGAAGUAUGCUAAGGCAAUGGAAAACCAGAGAUUGAAAAUUGGUAGUGGGAAUAACAUUGGAGGUCUUACUGCUCACCCGUCCAAAAGAUUGCAGGCAAUAACUUUAGAACUGACAAAGAACACUGAGAAAACAGAGUCGCUGUUUUCUCUCUUGAUACCAGAUAUUGAACUAAGCAAAGAAGAGAAGCAGCUGUUAAGAGAUGAAGCAUCCUGCGAAAUGAAAGAACAAAGUUCUUCAUCUGAGACUGUUAAAGCUUCAUCUCCCACUUCUUCUACAGAAAAGGACAAAGCUUCAACACCUACAGGUUCCACUGAAAAAGUGCAGGAAACUAGUGGGCAAUAUUCUUUGGGAGUGAAACGAGAAAAAGACAAUUCUCUCAUUGUUGAAGAAUUGCGGACAUUACGCGAUCACCAAAAUGACCUUAUAACUCAGUUAAUGACAGAACUUGCUCAAAUGGAAAAAGAAAACAUCCACCUUAGAAGCCAGGUUAGAGAAUUGCAGAGCAAAUGCGAACAGUAUGAGGGAGAAAAGCGACGGAUGAGGGCCAUGGCUGACUCCAGUUGUUCACCAUUUGUGUUUUCACCGCUGAGUGAAUUCUCUCCUGACCCUCCAAGUUUCCCUGAUCUGGCUCCCUUAGAGCUACCCCCUUUAGACUUCAUGGACAACUGCGAUAAAGAAUGAUAAGUAAAAAGUACAAACACUUCUACCAUUGAACUUUUGAGUUGGAAAGUGAUAUCAGUGUAGAAUCACUCAAUAUAGUUUUCUUCUGUCUUCCUUGACUUUUUAAUAUGCAUGUAUUAAGUCUGAAUAAAAAAUAACCAUAACCAUUCAAGUGGACACGUUAAUAUAUUUCUGAUUGUUCCAUUUUCAAUAAGCAUAUAAAAAAUUUUAUUUUAUCUUUUAUAUCUUACAAUGUAUCGGAAAUGCAGUCAAUCCUUGAUUAUUUAUGCAGUUAGAUCAGUACACUACUUCUGUAUAAAGCUGUUAAUAUUUGUGACUGAGCCUAGAUAUAGCAAGAUAUUGUUACAGUAUUACUUGCGUAUCUAUUCUAUGUGAUAACACUGCCAUUGCCUUUACAGAAAACUAAAUACUGUAACUAGUAAUUAGUAAAAUGAACAAGUUGAGGUACACUACUGUAUUUGCAGUUAUUGAAGAUUCUGAAUAUGCUAUAGUUAGAUUCAUAUGAAUAGAAAUACAUUAGGGAUUUUUUCAGUGGGCUUUAUUCCAUGUCUCUCAACAUUUCUGAUAUUUUUUGUGUCCGUUUUAUUAUUGGGGCUCACAAUUUGGCUGUUGAUAAAGUUUUAUGGUAUAUGUAGAGAAUAUUACUUAAAUAGAUGCAGCCAGCAUUUUGGAUGAUCGAUAAUGCAUAGUAAAACAAGGCAAUGAAGUGUUUAAUUGUGAUUACUGUUUAUUUAAGAGUGUGUAUUCUAAUGUCGGGGUGGGGUGGGUUCUUGGUAGAACAGUAUAUUCUAUUUCAAUAUUUAUGGUUGUUAGGUUUCUUGGUGCAAAAGUUACAAAUUCAGUAUGCCUUUAAUCCUUAAAGCUCAGUAUACUAUAUGUAUAUAUAUAUAGUACUCAUAAAAGAAAUUUGAGGAGUUUUGCAUAGGUUUCAAUUGCAGAAACAAUUUUUUAAAAUUCUGGAUAUAAAUUUCAGUUGAUUUUAAACCCUAUUAGUACUUAGAAUGCUUUUUCAU